AUCUUGGUAUAAUGGUGUUGUUAUCUAACCCAGCCUAGACUAUUGUCUUUUAAAAAGUACUACUUGAAGGUGCUAUAAAUUUGUGACAUAUGGCUGGACAACUAAUGUGCUGUCAUAAUGAGUCAGUUUUUAAGCAUAAGGUAAAUGUUCUGACUGACUCAUAAAAGAUUUGUAAAUUCGGCAAGUGCGUUUUCGUUUACCGUAAACAUUUAAAUCCGAGAGCAGAUCCAGUCAUUGGCGUCCAAACUGUUCCAGAAAUACACAUUUUGAAAAUCGAUGUUUAAGGUUUUCGUUGUCCACUGAAUGCAUUAUUAAUCAUAAAGUGAAAUGAUGUAUUUUUCUGUUGUAUCCCAAUUAAGCCCCGAUUGAGGAUUAUUAAAACGCAAAAAUUGGCUUGCUAGGAUGGAGAAUUAUUCGAGGGUGGGCUAGCAAAAUUAUUACCAAUUUUUACUUCCAAGGUGUUUGUGAUACAGUCUGUGAUGAGAGCUUUAUUCCUUCAAUUUUUGUAUAAAACGAGGCUCUGCCUCCUUCCAGACGGAAAGGAAACCUUUGGCCUAAAUACCGCCAAAAUUCGAGUUGUCUUUCGUCAUUUAGGAAACUACUACUUUUUAGUCCUACAUCUUGGACUCAGUUAACAAUUUGUAUCUUCCAAUGGUGUUGCUGGCUCUUUGGCUGCUGUAAACAAAUCAAUCUCUGAAUUGAAGACAAAUGUGAAGUUUGAAGCUUAUUUAUACAAUCCGUCUGAACCAAGCCUGUUAGAAAAUGGCAAAAUUCUUUUGGAGAAAAAUGGUUCCGUCAUGUUUCACAUGUCUGGCUCAGGAAAAUCAUCACUUUUCAUGGCAAGCCUUCUCAAUUUACAAGCUUUUGACAUCUGGAGAAGAUCAUGUGUUGCUGAAGGGAAUUUGGCAUCAGUUAUUCCAGAAGGCCGGCGUGCCGUCAUGAUAUCAAGCAUUGAGGAGAACAGCCUUGUUAUUCAGAAACUCAUGAAGAAACUGAUGUGGCCCACUGUUGGCAUCAUUUAUCAGAAUUCAAGAGAGGCUGAUGUUGAAAUCUUAACAGGAAUACUUCGAAAUGAUGAUAUGACAGUGGCUAUUGCCGGGAUUGGCUGCAGAAGCAAUGGGAGUAUCGAGAGCUUUGCACACAGAACUCUUAGAAACCUCAUUUCUGAAAAACCAUUCGGAAUCAUCAUAAUUUUUGAUGAAGACAAGCUCCAAAAGUUAUUUGAUUAUCUUAGAACAGACAUAUCUGGUCUGAAGUCUAUGGCUUUGAGUUUUAUCAUCUUCGAUCCGGUCGUCACAAACACCCUUACUGCUGAUCCAUGGUACACCCUUAUUGUUCUGCAAAUAUCUUUGGAAGAAACCGCGAAGUUGCAGGAACUCAGAACCGAAAUUGAUAAAACAGCAGCCAAUUCUCGAGAAAUAGCCAAACAUGCUCUGUUAUACGAUGCAGUCAUGACUGCAGGAACUGUUAUCGACACCCUAGCAUCAAUGGGAAAUUGGACCGGUUAUAGUGGAUCUGCAUUGAACCAAAGUCAGCUGCGAGCUGCCAAUGGCUUAGAAUUCAACAAGGAGUUGAAAAAGUUUAAGGGCACUGGCUUGACGGGCAAGAUUGAGUUUGACGAACAUGGUUUUCGAAAAAAAAUGCCUUUCCAUGUUAUGAAUUUGAAAAACAAUGUGUUUGAAAAGAUUGGAAGUAUUUCUGAAAUUGGUAGCGUUCUGCUUGAAAGACAGCCAGUGUCAAAUGUGGAUUUUGAUCAACAGCUGAAAGUGAAUGGACAUUUGAAGAUAGUAACGAUAUUGAACGAACCUUACACGAUGAAAAGAACUUUCCAGAACGGAACAGUUGAAUACUAUGGCCUACUUAUUGAUAUCGCAAAUGCUCUUGCAAAAGAGGCAAACUUCACCUACUCUCUGUACGAGGUUGCAGAUGGUAGAUACGGUCAUAUAGAUAAUGGCAGGUGGACUGGACUCAUUGGUGACGUAUUAUACAAGAAGGCAGAUAUGGCUCUAGCAGCAUUAACAAUAACUGCAAGCAGAGAGGAGGUGAUUCAUUUCAACACUCCAUACAUGGAGGUUAGCAUUGGUUUGAUAAAGAAAAAAACAAAUGUGGCCCACCUUGACUUACUACUGUUUAUGGAACCAUUCACCGGUGUAGUCUGGUUACUAACCUUGACCGCUUGCCUCUUUGUUGGACUCUUCCUCUUCUUUGUCGAUGCUUUUAGUCCGUUUGGUUGGAAACAAGUCGGGGAAAGAGCUACCGGAAGACCUGGAACAGAGUUCAACAUUUUGAACAGCAUCUGGUUUUCAAUGGCUUCCAUCUUGCUUCAAGGCCCAGAUAACACCCCAAGAUCAUUGUCGGGGAGAAUACUCGUUGGAUGCUUUUGGUUUUAUGUUCUUAUACUGACAUCAAGCUACACUGCAAAUUUGGCUGCUUUCUUCACUUCGACAAAGCAAACGGAGCAACAGGUCAACCUAGAGUCACUCUUGAAAGAAGGUGCACAGUUUACCACCAUUGAGCAUUAUGCUCUAGAGCAGUUUUUGAAAACUUCCAAUUAUAAGAUCUACAACAGGGUACACGAGAGAAUGACUAUCCAGAAGGCCCUUGCAAGCGGCCUCGCAGAUGCGCUUAGUAAGCUUGAGAAAGAUCCUUCUAUGUACUACCUUGAGGAGAAACCUUUCAUACAGUGGACAAUCAACAAAAAACCGUGCGAUCUCAAGAUAAUUGACACCACACUACCCAAAACAUAUUUUGGUAUUCCUGUCAGAAAGGAUUCUUCAACGAAACCUGCAAUAUCACAUGCGAUUUUGAAACUUCUGGAGUCUGGUUUCCUUGCAGAAAGACGUUUCUAUUAUAUGGAUACUUUAAGUGAAUGCAAAGAAACGGACGAUCAUCAGCAUGGAAGUAUGUAAAUUUUAUUUCAUAUAUCCGCAAAAUU